AAAUAGAAGCAGAUAUGGUGCACCUCUUGAAGAACAUGCGUAGACACCACUAGGGCUUCUGUAGAAAGGGACGGCUGUAGAGCGGACAACCAACAAUGGCAGGCAAUUGCACGGGACCCUACGUAGGUCUGGUACUGACAUCCCUGGCACUGCUAACAUCUGUAUCUUUAAACAUACUGCUGUAUUGGUUGAGAAGACGAGAGAGACAGAGCAGAGAUGUGGAGGAGCCACUGUACCCUGACUCUUUUCCUGUUGACAGGUUCCAGGACGAGGAACAGCUCAGUCAAGAGAAUCCUAUUUAUGGGAACAUCUGUACAGAAGUAGGAGGACCUAUGAGGACAGUCGAUUAUGGGGGCUAUGAGCCUAGGACAAACCAAAGCGCAAGACAAGACGAACAGGACGUGCCAGCUGACGUCUCCUAUGCCUCUCUGGAUUUAAGUGUGGCUCAGAAGAGGAAGAAGAAGCGAAAGUAUCAGCAGAAACAGGCCCAGACUCAUCAGGCCCAGACCCAUCCUCCACCCAUGGCCCAGCAGAACUGCCUGGAGACAGGUGCAGACAGCGAGGUGGCCCUGCCGUCCCGCUCCAGCAGCCUCAUGAUGUCCCGCAACAGCAUCUACCUCAACAGCCAUCAAGUAGCACUGGAGACAGAAGAGAGGGAGAGGGAACGAGAGAGGGAACGAAGGAGCAAUCGCGAGAGAGAGAUGGAGAUAAGGAACAUGCACGGUGACUUUGAGCACAGCUUUGGCCAAUCAGAGCCGAGGCAUGAGCAGAACAACUAGAGAGCGAAGUGCAUGCAAAAAGUCCUAAAGUGGAAAGUAAUCUGCCCCGUAUUCAAAAGUCUGAGGUUCAAAGUAAGUUAAAUUAAGCAAAACUCAUCAGAAUGGCCGGUUAUGCUGCUCAGCAUUUCAACUGGUUGUAGGUUGUGUGAGUGAUUACAAACAUUCAUACGCCACAGCGGGAACAAGCCGGUCAAGUCGCAUAUUUUGUCAAUUUUCUAAGUAAAAAUAAGUUCAUCCUAUACAUGGAACACACUUUUCGGCAAAUAUUUGUCCAUAAAUUCUAUAUGUUUAGUUUAAUAUAUUGGAAAAAAAAAGAAACAUAAAAUAUAAAGUGUGCCAACACUUUUGCACAAGCCAGAUUUU